ACACCUGAUAAGGCCUGUUCCUCGUUGGGACGUACAUAAUAGAUAAGCCGCAGCGCCGACGCACCCAUUUCACGACUCCAUGUGACAUUGGCGGUAGCUGUUUUGUUUGAGCGGGACAUCUAAAAUGGCUGCCUCGAUGAUCCAGUUAAUAGGAUUCAUGUUGUCUGCGCUGGGGCAAUUUUUGAUAUCGGCGGCGACAGCGAUGGACAUGUGGGGCUUACAAGACCGAUCUUUUACGGUCGUGACAAACGUUUUCACCUAUUCUGGGCUGUGGAACACGUGCGUAGGGACGUCGUCCGGUACGACACAGUGCAGGCCUUAUUUUACCAUCCUAGGACUGCCAGCUCUGCUCCAAGCCGUCCGAGCCUUGAUGAUUGUUGGUAUUGUCCUCGGAGCCAUUGGCUGUCUGAUCGCCAUAUUUGCGCUCAAGUGCCUGAAAAUGGGGAACAUGGAGGACAACGUCAAAGCCACAAUGACUCUGGCCGCCGGGAUCAUGCUUCUUCUUGCAGGUGUCUGCGGCAUUGCUGGGGUGUCAGCCUUUGCUAACUUGAUUGUGCAAAGCUUUCGGUUCACAACGUACGCUGACGGUGGGUUCGGUAUGUACGGAGGAGGGGGCAUUGGUGGACUCACAGGAUCUCUGACUCCGAGGUACACGUUUGGCCCGGCUCUUUUCGUGGGCUGGAUCGGUGGAGCCAUCUUGUUCAUUGGAGGCAUCAUGAUGUGCCUGGCUUGUCGUGGAAUGGCUCCAGAUACGAAGCAGCGGUACGAUGGGAUGGCCUACAAAGCCGCUUCACAACACACCAUGUACAAGUCGGACAUCAGACCACGUCCAGCCUACAACGACUCCUACAAGGCUCACAGUGUGGACGGACGGCAGUCGAACCAGAGAUUUGACUAUGUGUAGACUCAUCUCGCCCUCAAGGAUACCCCUUUUUUUACAUGCUGCCACUUCUGCUACGAUGAGUGAAGUUUCUCUUGGUUUUUUUGCUCGUAUGUUCAUCAGAAGGGUGGUUUCUCUGUUCCUUAAUUUGACAAAGUUUCAAAGCGUUUAAUGUGUAUGUUUUUUUUAUAUCUUUUUUUUUCAACAGAAUUAUAUAAUCAUGCUGUCUUGUGAUUUGUGUUAUUUUUCUUUCUUUUUUUCGUGUCAAAUAAAAGCAAGAAUGAUUCUUAUUUGUCUUGACACAAAAUGUACCACUGCAACAUGGAACACAAAAUGAGGAUAAUGACAGAAUCUGGUACAAACUUUUCCCGAGCAUGAUGUAAUAUAGGAUCACUAAAUUGAAGAAGGUACCACCACAUAAACUACAGUAUUUCUCAAGUAGUGAUUAGUUCUUACUGAAAAUAUACACCCAGCAACUGUUGCGUAGCUAAUUGAACUAACAGCAAAGUACCGCUAGCUUGCUAAUAUAUAACUCUUUUAGAAUUAAAAGGAAAUGUGGUAAUAUACAGUGGAAAUGUGCUGAAUUAUUAAUUGAAAAUGCUGUCGCUUAAGGAUGUAAACUAACAAUCAAAAACAUUAUAUUCCCAAUUGUUAGCCUACAGUAAGUGACCACAUAAUGUGAGGUCAGCGUUAGAUUAACUGAUACAAACGUUUUCCUUCAUGUAUUUUACCUUGUAUGUACAUACAGUAUAAAUUAAACAGCCAUAACUUCAUUAACGGUAAUUAUCUGUAAAGUUUUAUAUGCCUCCCAACCACCUGCUAUAUUUAGUAACUUUACGUUACAGAUUGUAAUGCUACAGUUUGUUACGUAGUUCACUGCUUUUGAUUGGAUGUUAGCCACAGAUUUACAUACUCUCUAAUCUUUGGGAACCAAGACAUUGUCACAUGUUUUUCAAGUGUCAUUACGUGUAUACUGUAACUGUAAAGCUAUCAAAAGUAACAGAAAUAAACUUUCAUUUUGAAUUCA